AUGACUGAAGUAACUGUAGCAGAUACUCCUUGUGAAGAGGUGGCGAAAAUCGAAGAAGAAAAAAGAAAUGAUGAUAUAGAAAAAGAGGAAUUGACAGUAAAAAAAAAGAAAAAUAGCAAACUGAAUAAAAAAAGAAAAAUGUGCUCUGUGGUAAAGGAAACAAAAAUGAAGAAAAAAAAAAAAGAAAAAAAAGAAAAAAAAAAAAAAAAAAACGAGGAUGAAGAAGUUGGCGAAGAUGAAGCUGAAGUUGAAGUUGACGAGGGUAUAGAAGAAAUGGAAUAUGAUGAUAUUACAGAAUUAGAAAAUUUUUGCAAAAAAUAUAAUAUAGAUAAUGAAAAUAGUUCUAGUGAUGAGGAUAUGGAAAAUCCAAAUGAUGAAUUAUUAUUAGGUGAUGAAGAUGGGCAAAAUGGUGAAAGAACAAUUGAUAUAAAUUAUGUUCAUAAUUUUUUAGAAUCUAUUAAUAAAAAAGUUAGAUUAAAUAAAGUUGUUAAAUUGCUAGCUAUUUUUGAAGAUGCUCUAAAUUUAUAUCAUAUUGAAGAAAUAGAUGAUGGAUAUUCCAAAAUGAAAACUAACAAUAGUAAUGAACAAAAUGAUAAUGCGAAUAAUGAGGAAAAUAAAACAAUGAAAAAAAAAAAACGUAAUAAAAAAGGAGACAAUAACAAGAAAAGGAACUUUCGAAUGAAUGUAGAUACAUCAGUAUAUAUAAUAUUCAAUGUAUUAUAUAAUAUAAAUAAUAUAUUUUACAAUAUUAUGAAUGAUGGUAAUUUAAACAUCAAUAUUAUAUCUCUUAAUGAUAUAAAAAAUAAUAAAAUAGUUGAAAGUGAAUAUGAAAAUAAUGAAAAAGAUAUGAACAAGUCAGAUAUAAUAUAUGAUUUAGAAAAUAUGAGUAAAUACAAACAUAUUAAUCGUUACACACCAUGUAUUAUAUAUUUCUUUAAUAAAAUUAUAGUUCAAUUAAAUAAAUUAAAAAAUUGUAAUGAUAUAUUUUUAAGUAUAUUAAAAAUAAUAAAAAGAAAAGAAAAUUUAAGGUGGGUUGUAAUAUUAAAUUAUGGAAAAAUAUUUUUAAAAAAAAUUUCACAUUUAUUUAUUUUUUCAAAAAAAAGUGAAAUAUAUUUUCUUUUAUAUAUAUUGAUCCAAAAUAUGUUUCAAUUAUAUAAUGAAAGAAAAAGAAUUAUAUUUACAAAUUUGUCAAAAACUAAAUAUGAAGAUGAAAAUAAUCAAAUAAAGAAUACAUAUGAUAUGGAAAAAUUAUUAUAUGGAAUAUAUCAACAUAUUUUUCAAACAUAUUUAACACACUAUGGACCUAAAUCAGACAAUAUAAUUAAUUGGAAUCAUAUACAUUUUAAAGAAAAUUGUUUGGUAGAAUUAUUUACAUAUUUAUCUCAUGAUGUUGCAUAUAAUAUUGCCUUUAGAUAUAUUCAAUUAAUUAUCCAAAAGAUUAGAGAAGAAUUUAAAAUAGUGUUUGACGAAAAAAGAAAUGAAAAAUGUAAAGAAAAAAAAAACAAACUUGAAAAGAAUAUAAAAACAAAGUAUUUAUAUUUGGAACAAUUACGUCUUCAUACACCUCAAAUGAUUAUCAUUUUGAAGUUCUUAAUGAAAGUUACAAAACAAUGUGAUAAUUUAAAUAUAUUAACAUAUGGUUUAACAACAUUAAUUAUUGGAAUAUUAAAAAUGAAAAUAAAUAAUAUGAGAUAUUUACCAUUUAAUCUACAAUUAAUUAAUUUUUUAAUUCGUAUAAUGGAAGACAAAAAAAAAUACAUCCCAUUAUUUUCUUAUUUAGCUUGUAUAUUAAAUGGAUUAAAAAAUUAUAAAAAUAAUAAAAAUGUUUCAAAAGACCAAAAAACACGAUUAGUAAUUGAAAAUUUUGACAUUAAUUCGAAUGUACAAAUUGAUGAAAAAUUAAUUUCAGAUUUUUCAAUAUCUUAUCAAAUAUAUGAUAAAAUAUAUGUUAUAUUAUUUGAUUAUAUUGGGUUAAUUGCAAAUCACAUUUCCUUUCCUGAAUUUUUUUUUGCUAUUGAAAAUUUUUUUAAAAAAUAUUACUUAGAAUGUCAAGUACCUACAUUUAAAUCUCAGAUUAAAAAAUUGUUAACUCAUGCAAAAAGUUCAAUCGAUUUUAUUUUAAACAAAAGAAAAUAUAUUAAUAUAUAUACUAUACAUGAUAAAAUGACAUAUUUUGAAAAUGAAAAAUUACCAUUGUCAACUCAAAGACUAACUAUAUUAGAAAAUUAUGAAAAUAGUUAUUUGGAAAAAAUUAAGGCAAAAUUGAGUGGCAUGGAAAAUAUAAAGAAUGCUGAUAGCGACGACGAUAAUAACAGCGAUUUGGAAAAAGAACAAAAAGAGAAAAAAACGAAAAAAAAUAAAAACAAAAAAAAUAAGAAAAAUAAGAAAACAGGUAAAAAUAACAAUGGCGAUAACAAGAAUGAUGAUAAUAACGAUCCAGGAGUCGAGAAAAAUGGAAAUUUGAAUGCACUAUCCAAGGAAGAUAAAGUGGAAGAAUUCUCAUUAUCUAGUGAAGACGAAAAUACUAAGUGA